GCACUCCCAUCAUGUGGCGCUGAGGUCGUACAGGAAGUCGUUGACUGCACCUUCCUUCGUUGUUCCGUUCGCUUGGGUAGCUGCGACAUGCGACAUGCGCCUCUUCUUGCUGCCCGUAUCCACUAGACGGACCCUCAUCUAUUGCGAACGCGUCCAGGAAGCUGCAACGGGAGCCGGAACAAAACCGCCGUUGCAGGAGCGCAUCAUCACCAAGGCAGCGACGACAUGGGCAAACUGGGAGAAAGCUGAAAAGGGCUGGCAAAAGCAGACCACCGUCUACGCCAACAAGCUGUUUAGGCGCAUACCAUUUGAAGAAUGGGGUCUCAAAACGAUCCCGCCUGCAACCAAGCAGCGCAUUGCAGAUAUCGACCAAGGAAAUCUGCAAGUUGAAUGUCUAUACCCCGGUGCCUUCCUGAACGGCAGCAAAGUGCCCGAGAUUCUGAAGAGACUGGCAACGGAACGACAGGUCCUUCACAGAAAGAGGAUAUGGCAGUCAAUAGCUUUGAUGCCAGUCGUGGCGCCCUUUGCGCUGGUCCCCGUGAUUCCUAAUCUUCCCUUCUUCUACCUGGUCUGGAGAGCCUGGUCACAUUACAAAGCUCUCUAUGGCGGCCGGUUGCUCGAGCACCUCGUCACACACAACCACAUCAAAAUCGCUCCCUCUGCGCAAAUGGAUCAGCUGUACGCUGCUGGUCUGAUAUCCCCGAGCCGAGAGGCAACGCGUGGCGCGCCGCAGCCCAACACGGAAGAGAUCAAGAAGAUCGCAAAAGUAGUCGAGGCGCAGACACAGAACGGGACAGAAGAUGCCAUGCUUCUGCAAAAGUGGAAUGGCAAGUUGCUGGCAGAAGGUUUCAAGCUCCCGGAAAUGGAGAUCGAGAUAGAACGCGCCGUCGAGCAGGUCGAGCAAGCUAUCAAGGAGAGCAAACCUGAAGGUGAUCUCCAGGCCAAGAAAGAGGAGCUUCAAGAAGUGAUCGAGAAGAAGACGCCGAAUGUACAGGUGAAAGAGACGAAGCAAUGAUACACGACCGCCGGCACGAGGGUAAUGGUUGGAAGCAUGAGACGAUAGACGACACAUUGGAUAUACAUGACAAUACUACACUCGAUCGAUACCCAGUACUGUACCGAG